AUGGAGGCGCUGCAGAGGCAGCAGGCUGCCAGGCUGGCCCAGGGGGUGGCACCACCAGACCCUCCGCGCCUGCUGCAUCUACCUCAGCCUCCCCAGCCUCCCCUACCAGGGCCCCGAAGCCUGCCGGUCCCUGAGGGGGCUUUUGGGGAGGUGGGGACUGAGGAAGAAGAGGAUGCUCAAGAGGAUGAGGAAGAAGAGGAGGAAGGUGGGACAGAGGAGGAUGCAGCGCAGGAAAGCCAUGCAGGGCCCCAAGGCCCGAGCUCCCCUUCCAGCCAACCCCUUGGACCUCAGCCUCAUGAAUGGACCUAUGAGGAGCAGUUCAAGCAGCUCUACGAGCUUGAUGCAGACCCCAAGAGGAAGGAAUUUCUGGAUGACCUGUUUAGCUUCAUGCAAAAAAGGGGUACUCCAGUGAACCGUGUGCCCAUCAUGGCGAAGCAGGUGCUGGACCUGUACGCCCUCUUUCGCCUGGUGACAGCCAAGGGCGGCUUGGUGGAAGUCAUCAACCGCAAGGUGUGGCGGGAGGUCACGCGUGGUCUCAGCCUGCCCACCACCAUCACCUCGGCCGCCUUCACGCUACGCACACAGUACAUGAAGUAUCUGUACCCGUACGAAUGCGAGACUCGGGCGCUCAGCUCCCCGGGGGAGCUCCAGGCCGCGAUCGACAGCAACCGGCGCGAGGGACGCCGCCAGGCUUACACGGCCGCGCCGCUCUUCGCUCUGGUCGGGCCGCCCCUUCGAGGAGCGCCGGGCUCCGGCCCCGGCCCGGGACCCGCCCCUGCCGCACCCGCGCCCGGCCCACGCCCGGCCCACGGCUCCGCCUCCGGCCUGCCAGUGCACGCCUGUGCGCAACUGAGCCCGAGCCCGAUUAAGAAAGAGGAAAGUGGAAUUCCAACCCCUCGACUGUCAUUGCCUGUUGGCCUGGCCUUGGGACCUGCACGAGAGAAGUUGGCACCAGAGGAACCCCCAGAGAAGAGGGCUGUGCUGAUGGGGCCCAUGGACCCACCUCGUCAUGGUUUCCUUCCCCGUGGCAAGAUUCCCUUGAGGGAAGAGCGGCUGGAUGGGCCUCUCAGUCUGGCAGGCAGUGGUAUCAGCAGUAUCAACAUGGCCCUAGAGAUCAACGGGGUGGUCUACACUGGUGUACUUUUUGCCCGACGCCAGCCUGUGCCAGAUUCCCAAGGCACAACCAACCCUGCACCACCACCCCCUACUGGGCCUCCUUCCAGCAACUCACUCUGAGAGAUCCAUGUGGAAUCAAGUCCCAAUCUCCUUCUCAAGUGAGGAGGCAACAGCUCCCACACCUUGAUUCUUCCAUGGUGCCUACUCUAGAACUCAGGCCCUGGGAGGUCACUUUUCCCCAGUUUUCCCAUGCCAUGUGCACUUGAAGCCAAAGAAUUUUAAUGUCACAUCUACCUCAUUGUAAAGGGAGGACACCUCCUCCCUGGCUGACUUCAGUUACAUCUACCAAAAAGCUCUGCACUCAGUAGUUGCCAUCAGUUCAUGUGCCCCUCUAUGCAAUGUCAUCUUUAGGAUUCUACCUCUUUGAUUCAGACCUGCUUCUCUUAGGAGCCAGCUGAAAGGUUGGGCUAGGUUACUGUGAAUGAGAUGCCCCUCAGGUCAUAUAUGAACAAUAAAGUUGCAGUCCUUCCCUCUC